AUUUGGUUUCUGGGUCUCUUGUUCCAGUGAGUCAGCGAGUUCUUUUUGGUGACUCCUCACCAAAAACAAAGACUCCUUUUUGAUGACUUCUGUACCUAGGUUGUUGCUCGCUGAAGAACUGGAAGUUAGCUUUUGGGAAAUCAUCUCUUUCUGAAAAUGUAGGAAGUCUGAGUGUGAAACUUGCUUAUCACACACACACACACAUACACACACACGCGCGCAGUAAGAAACCACGAGGCCUAUCUGCCUGUCGUCAUCAAGCAGACUAGAAUAGUGUAGAAAACUCUAGGCAGAGAGGAAAUGAACUUGAGAGAAGGGGGAACACAGGCCGUAGAGAGGAGAGAAGGAGGUGGGAGUGGAGGGAGGGCACGAAGUGGGGGCUCCGCAAUGGUGGGAGGAUGGAAGAGGCAGCAGUGAGGCAGGGCUUCCUGUACCUUCAGCAGCAGCAGACUUUCGGAAAGCGGGCUCCCUGCUUGCCGCUGCAGGCUCUGUGUUUGAUUGCUUGUGGCACAUUCCCAGUGCUCUCUGAUUCCUCGGGCCCCGUUAUUCUCUGCCUCCCUGGGUCUCCCGUGGUCUUGGCUUCUCCCUCCCCAUCCCUGCGUGCUGCUGUCCCUCUCCCACGGCCCCUCCUCUCCCCUUUGGUCACCAUCUCUCCAUCUCUGGGCGGCUCCCUCUUGGCACCCUGCCUGCCGUGCACCUGGGCUCAGAAAUGGCGUCGCUUCGGGGCUGUGCUGUAUGGACAUUCGGGCUGCGCCUUGGCCCGGCUGGAGCUCCAGGAGGGACCAGAGAAGCCGCGCAGGGGAGAGGCUGCCCGGAGGGUGAUCCGCCUCAGUGACUGCCUGAGGGUGGCGGAGGCCAGCGGGGAGGCCAGCAGCCCACGGGACACCAGCCCCUUCCUCCUGGAGACCAAGGAGCGCUCAUAUCUGCUGGCGGCCCCCACUGCAGAGCGCGGUGAUUGGAUGCAGGCCAUCUGCCUCCUGGCCUUCCCCGGCCAGAGGAAGGAGCUGUUGGGGCUGGAGGGGAAGGGCAGCCGGCCCUGCAUGGAGGAGAACGAACUGUACAGCAGUGCAGCCACAGGUGUCCUGCGGCAAGGGAGCUUUUUGCUGACAAGGCAGUUUUCUUCUUGCAGCCUGUCUGGCCUGCUGGGGGCCCCCCUCAAGGAGUUUGCUGUGACCAUGAGACCCACAGAAGCCAGCGAGAGGUGCCGGCUCCGGGGGUCUUAUACCCUCCGGGCUGGGGAGAGUGCCCUGGAACUGUGGGGUGGUCCCGAGCCCGGCGCCAAGCUGUACGACUGGCCCUACAGGUUCCUGCGGCGCUUUGGGCGGGACAAGGUCACCUUUUCCUUCGAGGCAGGCCGGCGCUGCAUCUCUGGAGAGGGCAACUUUGAGUUUGAAACCCGGCAAGGCAAUGAGAUCUUCUUGGCCCUGGAAGAGGCCAUCUCUGCCCAGAAGAACACCACCCCUCCUGGGCCCCAAACCCAGCCAGCCACAGUCCCCACGGAGCUGCCCCGGCCGGAGAGCCCCUACUCCCGGCCCCAUGACUCCCUGCCGCCACCGUCGCCCACCACCCCAGUGCCCAGCUCUCGGCCGCGGGGCCCAGAAGGGGAAUAUGCAGUGCCCUUUGAUGCAGUGGCCAGAAACCUGGGAAAGGGCUUGCGGGGCAUCCUGGCGGUCCCUCCCCAGCCCCCGAUUGACCCUCUGUAUGACAGCAUUGGGGAGCACCCACCCCCUCAGCCUGACCACAUAUAUGAUGAGCCUGAGGGAGUGGCUGCCCUGUCCCUGUAUGACAGCCCGCAGGAGCCCCGACGUGAGGCCUGGAGGAGGCAGGUUGCAGCUGACAGGGACCCCAGUGGUCUCCAGCAUGUCAGCCCAGCGGGGCAGGACUGCUCUGCCUCUGGCUGGCCACAGGGAACUGAGUAUGACAAUGUCAUACUUAAGAAAAGCCCAAAGUGAUGGGGGGGCAGAUAUGUGGACUCCGUCCAGCAGGAGCACCGACAGCGCCCUGUGUGUACCAGGGAGGCGCUUGGAGGCUGGUGAGGAGGGCAGGGAAGGCGGACCUCCCCUCAGUUUCUGCUGGUGGCUCCCCCUGGCCACUGCACCCCAGCAGCCCCACUGUGCUGCUUCUGGAACCUGUAGGUUUGGCCUGCCUCAGUCUGGAAUCGCCCCUCCCAGGGCCUGCUGUGUGAGUCACUAUCCCAAAGCAGGAAGAAUGCCCUGACGAGACCAACCCUCCUCCUACUCUUUCCCACUUCCUCUUCUUUCUUUCCCUGGGCCUACAGGGAGCCUUGGGCAUUUAGAUCAGAGGACAGAAGGAUGUCAACAAAGUGCCCUGGGUCCUUGGCUUGUGCAGGCCUCCCACCUGCCGUCCCCCUUGGGGAACAGCCCUAGCUUCGGGCAUGUGGGGGAUGGCUGCAGCUUCCUGUGGCAUUAAACAUUUCUGGAAUGUU